AUCACUUCGGCCAGCACCAAGGAAAAGGGGAGAAAGAGCUCUGAAAACUCAUCCUCCAUAUCCAAGAACCGAGCUCAAGAAGGAGUAGCCCAAAAGAAGGUGUUUUGAGAAGGAAAAAGCUAGGGGAAAGUGAGAAAAGUGAGGAACUUGAUUUAAGUACUUUGGAGCUUCGCCGGAGUUUCGCCGGAGUUGGUCAAAGUUGGCCGGAGUUGGUCAAAGUUCACCGGAAUUAGUCAAAGUUCAACCGCGGAGCGUAGAACACGCUUAAGCUCACUUAAGGUGACAUCAUGGACCCAAAGGCUUUCGCUAAGCUCUCCAAGCAAUUGGCUAUGGAGAAGAAGAAAGAUGAGGGGCCCCCGACUCAGAGAAUUGUGGAUGAGUUCUUCAAGAAGCCGGAGGCGGUGAAGAACCAUGAGGGUGAGGGCCCCUCAAAAGCUGCCGAUGAGGAAGGCUCCAAGGUUGCGGAGCUUAAAAGAAAGAAUGCCGGGAAGGGCACCAAGCCUCCGGAGAAGAAGCAGAAAAAGGGGGCCGUGGAGCAGAAGGAGGCCCCCAUCGUCAUUGUAGAGGAGCAUUCAUCCUCUGAGGCCCCGGCUCAGAAAGUCGGGGUGGCCUGGCUUACGGAGAAUAUCAAUUUCUCUGUGAAGAAGAAGAGUGCCAUUAUGCAUGGCACGUUGGACCCGAAGGAAUUCCUGAGGGGUGCCAUCCCUCUGACGGACAAAUCGGUACUGUCCCGG